CUAAUACCGAUUCUAGCCAAUAAGACUCAAGCCUCAGAAACCCUAUGACUGAGACAACUUACAUAAGGUUAAAAGGUUAGUUAACCUUAAUAGAUCAAGCUUAGCUUUUGCGCAUGUGAAGAACCGGGCAGAUCCGAUUAAUUGAGUAAACCCCCCACCUUGCUUGUUAAUCUUCCAUGCAGUUUCUCACUCACACAAAGACCCAUUGAAACCUGAGGUUGUAAUGGUGGGGUGACGCAUCCUGCAACUUAAAAGACGCUGCGCAUAUCGUCAAGCAAACUCACAAGGCCAGCCAAUAAUUUGAGCCAUUUCCGUGUAUUGGUUUUUAGACACAAGAUUCUGGGUAUAAAGAUUAUAAGAGGAAAUCAUUUCAAGACUGAUGUUCCUAAGACAAGGAAAUCUCACCCAUCGUGUUGUAUUUAUUGCGCAGUUUAUCCAACUGCUUGCCAACAUCUAGGAAUCUCACAUAUCCUCCUUUAAAACCUCCCUCAUCUACUCUCCGAUUACUAUUAAGAUGGAUUUUGACUGGUCAACGCCCUUCCCGGAAGGUGUCAUAUCCUUUCUCGACACCGAUUUAUACAAAUUGACAAUGCAAUGCGCCGUCUUCAAAUAUUACACUGACGUGCCUGUCACAUAUGCAUUUACCAACCGUACUCCGGAGAAGAAAUUGUCGCGCAAGGCCUUCUCGUGGCUCUGCGAACAAAUUAGUAAGCUUGGCAAUAUCUCACUUUCCGAUGACGAACUCCAUUUCUUGCAGACGCAUUGCAAAUAUCUUUCGGCUCCAUACCUAGACUUUUUGAAGGAAUUCCGGCUCAAGCCCCGCGAACAACUAAAUCCGACUUUCCACCCCGUGGGGGCGGACACCGGGGCGGAAGACGAACUAGGCGACAUCCACAUUGAGAUUAAGGGCAAGUGGGUUGACACUAUACUAUAUGAGAUCCCACUUCUUGCCCUGACGUCUGAGGCGUACUUCAAGUUCAUGGACACGGACUGGAAUUACGACGGCCAAGAGGAAAAGGCAUAUGACAAGGGCAUGCGCCUCCUUGAAGCAGGAUGCAUCUUCUCCGAAUUCGGAACUCGUAGACGGAGAGAUUAUCACACCCAAGCGUUAGUCUUCAGAGGUCUCGUGAAAGCUAGCAAAGAGGCACAGAAGCGUGGUUUCCCGGGAAAGCUCUCGGGAACUAGCAAUGUCCACCUAGCUAUGCGAUUCAACCUACCGCCUAUCGGAACUGUUGCGCACGAGUGGUUUAUGGGCAUCGCAGCUAUCACGAAUGAUUAUCAAACAGCAACCGAAGAGGCGCUACGCCGAUGGGUUGGUUGCUUUGGCGAGGGCGUAUUAGGAAUCGCAUUGACAGACACAUUUGGCACUCCGGAAUUUUUAAAGGCAUUUAGUAAGCCUAUCAGAUAUCUUCCAAAUACUCCGAAUAUUCCGGCCCAGGAUGAAGGUGCCCAAACUACAACUUCAUCCCGGAGCUAUGCCGAAGUAUACAGCGGAGUACGGCAGGAUUCUGGCAACCCUGCGGAUUUCGUCAAACUGAUGCGCAAAUUCUACGACAGUCAGGGCAUCAAGGAUAAGAAGACAAUCGUGUUCUCUGACUCGUUGGAUAUCGAUAAGUGUAUCGAGUACAAGCGGAUAUCCGAAGAGUAUGGCUUCCAGCCAACGUUUGGUGUCGGCACAUUUUUGACAAACGACUUCGUUCAUCUCAGCACGGGGAAGAAAUCGGUACCCCUAAAUAUUGUCAUAAAGCUGAGUUCCGCUGCUGGAAAUCCGGCGAUCAAGAUCAGUGAUAAUAUUGGGAAGAACACAGGCGAUUCAGCCAAGGUGGCGGAAGUUAAGCAGUUGCUGGGUUACGUAGAGAAGGAUUGGGCGGGCGGAGACGAGACGUCAAGAUGGGGGAAGGCUGAUGACAUCACAAAGCCAUGAAGAGGCUGACUUGAGCGUUAUGUGCGGUUUCCUUCCGCAAGCGAGUCAGCUAAUGUCUAGAUGGCUACUUGCUGGAUUAUUCGAAAAUCCGACCUCGCCACUCCAGAGUCGUGCCUGAGUCGCGCUACCAUUGGCUAGCCGUGGCAUCUAAUGGUAGACCAUUAAAGAGGUGGAUUAGACAGACCCUUAAGGUAUUUCUAAAUGUUUACCAUGUAGGUGGACCAGUGAUCAUCAGGAUGAGCCAAUAGAGAUACGCACCUCGUAGUCAAUUUCAUGAGGACCUAGGAAGCGUGUAGGCGAUGUGUGUAUGUCAUCUGUUAGAGGGCCUUCCUUGGACUUAUAAAAUAGACCAUCGCGAGCUUAUUGCUCUGGAAUAACUCAUUCGACCAAGC